AUGCGCGUUCACGUGGUCGACAAUGCAGAGGAGGUUCAGGAGCCGAAAACAGACACCGAAGCGCCAAAGGCGAAAGAAAAGGUGCCUGUGCCAAGAUUUCGUUCCUCCUGGACCGGUGGAACUGUGCUGUGGAGCAGCGAGAAAACCGCGCCCCCGGGGCAAGUGGCAUGGCAAUGGGAGCACCGAACUGGCUUCAAAGCCUACGAUGUCCGAGCGACGGCCCGCAUCGAGGAUGCUUUCCAGAGGGGCCUCUCUCGCGUGCGCCUAAAGGCUGGCAAGAUGGAUGACACGCCAAUGGAGCUGUUUUUCCAUGACAUGAUCCAGUUCGAUCCGAAGACCGGCAACACUCGAAAAAUCCGGCGAGUAGGUCGGGAUAGCUGGUGGAAGAGAUUCCGCAGAAAGGUGAACGAAUUAGCGUGGUUGAUUGAAACAGGCCGUACUCAACGCGUGGUCUUCGCACAGUACGAGCAAAAGCGAAAAGAGCUUCAUAGUCGAAUGGAUCGCCGUGACUAUCACGUCAGCGAUUUGUACAAAGACAGCGGUUGCCUCACAACAAUCGCCAAGAGCAACACCUUCUUUUUGGUCUCGAUGCUAGUUGUGCUUUUGAACUCCAUUUGGAUUGGCUUGGAAGCUGAUGCCCCUCACAAAACCAAUAUGUCAGAGCUUGGCGGGGAGCAGAUGGCAGUGGAGCACAUCUUCUGCGUGGUUUUCACCGCAGAGAUUGUCGUCAGAUUUGCAGCGUUCAGACGGAAGAGAGAUGCCAGGAAAGAUUUCUGGUUCUGCUUUGACUCUUCACUGGUGAUCCUGAUGAUUGGUGAAGUUUGGGUGCUGCCAAUUGUGAUGACAAUUGCUAGCUGGUUUGGCAGCAAGGAAGCCGAAAUCCAUGCUGUCAAGGAGCUCACAAUCCUCCGUACAGUGCGUUUGCUACGCCUCACCAGGUUGGGUCGCAUUGCCCGAUUGCUGCGGGCAGUUCCCGAGGUGGUGACCCUGCUGAAGGGCAUUGCUGCUGCUAUCCGUUCAGUCUUCUUCACCCUGCUGCUGUUGUUGGUGCUGCUGUUUGUAUUUGGUGUAGUCUUCAAGACUCAAGCCAAGGAGGACUUUCCGGAGCUGGAGGAUCUCUUUCCAAGCGUUGUGCACAAGUCUUCAAGCAUGGCUGCUGUGUGGGAGGCGACAAAAUGUGGUCCUGGCUCCUCACUCUUGGUAUUCAACCAGAAGGGGAUCUUGGAGAGCCUGCAGGAGGAUCCCGGCAUUUGGCGUACAGCAGUGCGCUUGGCUCUGACGCACAUGAAAGGAGAGCCGCUUGCUUUGGUCCUAGCGAAAGAUGCGGCCUUGCCAGAUGGUAUGGAUCAGCUUCAAGAUGUCUUAAAAGAGCUGGGUUGCUCCAUGCAGCUGGUGGAGUCCUUGGAAGGAGCUCCAGCCGCCUUGAUCUUGCUGCUGAUGCCCGGUGUGGCCAAGGAAACCUUUGCCUUGCUGAGGGAGCGGCCUCUGCGAGAAGGCUCCAUUGUCGUGUUGCUCGGCCUGCCUCCUGAGGGUGUUCUCAAUGUUCACAACGAGGAGCCUACAACAUUAGUCUUUGGAUUGGGCCAGGAGAAUGGCAGAGAGACCUUGAGCGUUCAACGUUGGGAGGAACUGCGAGGAAAGACUGGUGAGGGGCCCUCCUUGCGUGGCCUGGGCAUUGGACAAACUGCUGGUUGUUGCUGCUACUUCGAUGGUCGCAUGGAAGCCUUGGUAGGACCAGCCAUCCGUCUCUGUCCAGACGGCGCCAAAGUUAAGUGGGAGCUCUUUGAGCCUGAUGAAAAUGUGGAGAAAUUGCCCAAAGGCCUGGCGCCCUAUGCAUCUCCCAUGCAAACUGCAGCUGACUUCAUCUCUGCAGGCAGGGCGCUGGCCUUCACAGGUGCCGGCAUCUCCAAGGAGAGUGGUGUGCCCACCUAUCGUGACGGAGAUGGCCUUUGGAAACGCUACGAUGCGAUGGAGGCAGAUCAAGAGCCAGUCAUAUGA